AUCAUCGCCACACCUAAUCCCCCGCGAUGAUCCUCCUUCCUUCCUCCUCCUUCCUCCUUUUCUUUGCAUUGCUGCCAGCUGCCCUCGCCCACUCAAAUCCUAAAACGAAUGCAGAAAUAGAGGUCCAGCGUUCCUUGCAGCAGGCAGCGUACCACUGCGCACCAGCAGUAGCUCAGUUCACCGCUCAGCGCAAACGGGCUUGGGCUCAAAAGGUCCUUGCCGGUAACCCAUCGCUACCCGCCUACCAGGAUCUAUUCACCUCAUACAAUAACGCUAUCGAUGGAGAGAAAUCCGUUCCAGGCGAGGAGGGCCAGGAGCUCAUGAGCUGCACCCCGGUAACAGAAGAGGCCAAGAUGGAGAACAACUCCUGCGUGUUGACCCCCAUCGUAACGGAAGGUCCUUACUAUCACCUUGCCGGUCACCCCAUACGCCAAAACAUCGCCGAAUACCAGGCCGGCCUCCUCCUACUCCUUGACAUCGGAGUCAUCGACGUAGAAACAUGUCAACCACUCCCCAACGUUCUCGUCGACAUAUGGCAAGCAAACGCUACCGGCCACUACGCAGGACACCCCACACCGAAACCUGAGCUCGUUAACGAGAAACCCCAGGUCGGUGGGAAACGAAGUGGUCUCCUCAGUGCUUUCCCCAGAACAAAUGAUCAUGAGACAUUUCUACGAGGUGCUUGGCCGACUAACGAGAAUGGAGUCGCACAGUUCACGACUAUCUUCCCGGGUUACUACACAGGUCGCGCGACACACGUCCACACCAAGGUCUUCCAAUCAUGGACAACCCUCCCGAACGGCACGUUCGAAGGGGGCAAGCUCUCCCAUGUCGGGCAGUUCUUCUUUGACGACGAGGUAAACCUUCAAGUUGACAAGAUGCACCCUUACACUACAAACCCCAUCAAAGACACUAUCGGCCGCACGCGGAACUGGCGCGACUCGCUGAAUAUCUUUGAAGACUCUCAAGGUCCGGAGGGGAAAUAUGAUCCCGUGUUCAAAUUGCAUCUCCUGGGUGGGGUUAUCAACCAGGGUCUUGCGGGGUUCAUCACGAUGGGUAUUAAUACGAGCGUUGAGGUCGAUAAUUGGUGGAAGGGCUAGAUUUAAGCAACAGCUGGAUCAUGAUAUAGGCAUGUAUGAUUAUGCGCUACAAACCAAUGGAUAUUGCACUGUGGUGUGCUCAGAUUAACGUACAGUAAAACCAGUGAGGCCAGCAACGCGAGGGGACCAAGGCGUCAAACUAGGCUUUAUCUCGCACCUUAUUAAUAAAACUGUGUUUAUUACGCAUCUUUACGGGACUACAUGAG